GUCGCGGGAUCCCCAUGGAGACGGAGAGCGGGGGGGUCACGUCGUCCCGCUCGGACAGGUACACCAUGCUCCGUGUUUUCCGCCUGUGUUUGAACUCUGUGCCGAAAUGAUGCCUCUGUGUUCGGCUGCAGCAGCGCCAUGUAGCCGGCCAUGUAACCACACUGACUCCCCCUCUCAGUCCUCUGCCAGCACAUCGGACGUGUAUCGUCUGUAAUAUCAGUAACGCUGCAUUAAGCCCCCCCUCUGCUGCUGUGCACGACAUGUUGGUGGUGUGGGUGUUGGACACAUGAAGCUGCUCAGGAGCAGGUGAGCUGCAGUGGGAGCGGGGAGGACUCGCUGGACCGGCUCCUGCCCCCCGCCGGGGGGGCCCCUCGCAGGAAGAGCACUACCUCACUGAGCACGACGGAGCCUCCUCUGCUCCGCACGGGCACGCGCACCAUCUACACCGCCGGACGACCUCCCUGGUACGACGAGCACGGAGCGCAGUCAAAGGAGGCCUUUGUCAUCGGGCUGUGUGGGGGCAGCUCCUCAGGGAAGACCACCGUGGCCAAUAAGAUCAUCGAGGCUCUGGAUGUGCCGUGGGUUGUGCUGCUGUCGAUGGACUCUUUCUACAAGGUUUUAUCCUCAGAGGAGCAGACUUUGGCAGCAAGUAAUGACUACAACUUCGAUCAUCCGGGGGCGUUCGACUUCGAGCUGCUGGUCGCCACCCUGAGGAAGCUGAAGCUGGGCAAGAGUGUGAAGAUCCCAGUGUAUGAUUUCACCACACACGGGAGACAGAAAGACUGGAAAAAUGUGUACGGAGCCAGUGUAAUCAUAUUUGAAGGAAUUAUGUCUUUUGCGGACAAAGAGCUUCUCCAGCUCCUGGAUAUGAAAAUCUUUGUGGACACAGACUCUGACAUUCGGCUGGUCCGCCGGCUGCGCAGGGACAUCACAGAGCGCGGUCGGGACAUCGAAGGCGUCAUCAAGCAAUACAACAAGUUCGUGAAGCCGGCCUUCGAGCAGUACAUCGAGCCCACCAUGAGGCUGGCGGACAUCGUGGUGCCGAGAGGUGGGGGGAACAUGGUGGCCAUCGAUCUGAUCGUCCAGCAUGUUCACAGCCAGCUGGAGGAGCGAGAGCUCAGCGUCAGGGCGCUGCUGGCCUCCGCUCAGCAGACUCAGCCGCUGCCGCAGACGCUCAGCGUGUUGGAGAGCACGCCGCAGGUCAAAGGUCUGCACACCAUCAUCAGGAACAAAGAAACCAGUCGAGAUGAGUUCAUCUUCUACUCCAAGAGAUUAAUGCGGCUGCUCAUCGAGCAUGCGCUCACGUUCCUACCGUCUCAGGCGUGCGUAGUCCAGACUCCGCAGGGCGAGGAGUACGAGGGUCGCAGUUUCAACGGGAAAGGGAUCACCGGGGUGUCGGUGCUGCGGGCCGGGGAGACCAUGGAGCCCGCCCUGAAGGCCGUGUGCAAGGACGUCCGCAUCGGCAAGAUCCUCAUCCAGACCAACCUGGACUCAGGAGAACCAGAGCUGCAUUACCUGCGUCUGCCCAAAGACAUCAGCGAGGAUCACGUCAUCCUCAUGGACAGCACCGUCUCCACCGGCGCUGCCGCCAUGAUGGCCGUGCGCGUGCUGCUGGAUCACGAGGUGCAGGAGGAGAAGAUCGUGUUGGUGUCGCUGCUGAUGGCGGAGCUCGGCGUGCACUCUGUGGCCUACGCCUUCCCGAAGGUCAAAAUCAUCACCACCGCCGUGGACAAGAGUCUGGACGACCUGUUGCACGUCCUCCCCGGUAUCGGGGACUUCGGGGACCGCUACUUCGGGACCGACGGCGCCGACAGCUGCAGCGACGAGGACCAGGAGCGGCCGUCGCACUGACGCGCACAUCUGUGAAGAAACCACAAAACACUACUUGAAAACUCCCGUGACUGCGUCCUGCUCUUCAGGCGUGGACCAGCUAAUCAAGAACUCUCGUGUUCACUUUUUGUGUCCAUGAACUCUUUUGUACUCUUUUACAGCAGACGUCACGUGUGCGCCACGUGUACGUCACGUGUGCGCCACGUGUGCAGGAGCUUGUUGUGUUGCUGAGCGUUGGUGCCGUUUCCUUCAGGUAUAAUGCAAUAUCAUCACUUCAUGAUCUCAAGUCUGCACCAGCUGUUCCAUUAAAACUGCGGCACAUUGACUCACGAUGUUGAGGCGCUUGUUCUGGACUUGAGUAUGAUACUUCUACUCCACUUCAUCUCAGAGGGAAAUAUUGUAAUUGUAUUUUUUACUGAAUUGUUUAGUUACUUUGAUUUUAGAAGAAGAAAACAUUAAAUAUUGAAGGCCAACAAAGUGUUUUCUGAUCGGACUUAUUAUCUGGUUUGUGUAAGAAAGCUUCUUGUUUCCUCAGUUUUCCCGUGAUUACAAGAUAUUUAAUUUUAUCUCCAAAUAACAAAUGUUUCCCGAGAUGACGGGACGACUUUCGAGAAAAUUAUGAUUUGUAAAUUAAACGCUAUCUCGU